CAAACCCAUCCAUGAUCAAGCACUAGAGAGAGAGAGAGAAAAAGAGAAGAGAGAAAAAAUGUCAACCGGAAACUCGCCGGCAGGGUCGCUUGUGCUUCCAUGGAAGAUGAAGAUCAUCAUCACCUUACUCAACGUCUUUUCAGACACAGUGCGCAAUUCUGACGGGACUAUCAACCGCCGUUUGGUCAAUUUCUUCGAACCCAAAGUCCCCGCCAACGCGACGCCCUUCAAAGGGGUCAAAACUUCCGACAUAACCGUCGACGCUAACAGAAACCUCUGGUUUCGCCUUUUCACACCAACGGAAAUCCCCUCUGGUGUUACCCUCCCCGUCAUUUUGUUCUUCCACGGCGGAGGAUUCUCUCUCCUCAGCGCUGAUGGCAAAGCCUACGACUUUGUCUGCCGUCGAUUCGCCCUUAAACUCCCCGCUGUAGUCGUCUCCGUUAACUACCGCCUCUCGCCGGAACAUCGAUUUCCCUCACAUUACGACGAUGGCUUCGACACUCUUAAAUUCCUCGAUGAAUCGGAACCGGAAAAGUUGGGUUUCCCGGCGAAUGCUGAUCUCUCCCGAUGCUUCCUCGCAGGGGACUCGGCCGGGGGUAACCUUGCCCACCAUGUCGCCAUCAGAUCUGGGAAAGCUGAUUUCAAGAAAGUUAGAGUGAUCGGACAGAUCUCGAUACAGCCGUUCUUCGGAGGGGAAAAGGCGACGGAGUCCGAGAUUAGGCUUGUGAAUGCGCCGAUCAUAUCGUCAGCGAGGACGGAUUGGAUGUGGAAAGUGUUCUUGCCGGAAGGAGAGAACAGAGAUCAUGAAGCGGUGAAUGUGUCGGGGCCGAGGGCAGUGGAUAUUAGGGGAGUGCAGUAUCCGGAGACGAUGGUUGUGGUUGGAGGGUUCGAUCCGUUGCAGGAUAGGCAGAGAGAGUUCUACGAGUGGCUGAAGAGAUCUGGAAAGGAAACGAAGCUUGUGGAGUAUCCAAAUGGAAUUCAUGCUUUUUACGUAUUUCCAGAGUUGCCGGAAUCUUCCCUGUUUUUCGGGGAAGCCAUGGAUUUCGUUCGUAAGGUAUGUGAGAAGGAGUAUGGAUCCUCUGCACGUAUGUAAAAGGUCUUGAACUGAGCAAAAAUCCUAAAAAAAAAAAAAGAGUACAAAUUAAUGUAUUAAUCUUUGGAUUAUGUUGUGCUUAUUAGUUAGUUAUUCCUAAAAUAAAUUAUUGUUUAUUUUCCUUUA